AAAAUAAAAAAUCUAAUCAAUCUAAAGUGAAAAGAAAAUCAUUAUCAUCAACAAAAACAAAAAAUGGCCCAAAAAUUAAAUCAAAACCGGCCAUCACAAAUCGAUUAUCAAAAGAAUUGGCCUCAUUAUUAGCUACAUCAACAUCAUCGUCGAUGAUACCGUCAACGAUGAUUCGUCCAACAUCGAUGAGAACACAAUCACCAAUUAAACCAUCAUUACCGAAACUUAAGGAUUCAAAACAGAAAAAAUCCAACACAAAAAAUGAAUCGAAUGCCAAAUCAACAACAAUAACGCACAAUAAUGUAGCAAGAAAAACUAGUAAAAAAUUGGCCAAUGUUACUAUUAGUUUAAAUACGAAUAAAAAUUCAACAAAACAGAAAAUUAAAAAUACAGAAUCAACACUCACGACUUCGAAGAAAAAUGCUAAAACAUCUUCGACAAUGAAAAGCAAAGAAAAUGUGGCUACCAAAACAACGUCAACGAAAAAAACGAUACCGACAAAACCGAAAUCCAAUAACAAACGAAUAGUCAAUAAAAGAAAAAACUUAGCGGCGAUAAAAUCAUCAAUAACUACACCGACAAAGCAAUCAAAAUCAAAACCCGGUAAAAUCGCAAACAAUUUAGUGAUUAAGAAAUCAAUAACUAUAGCCAAACAAAAACAAUCAAAAAUAUCGAAAAAACGUCGAAAAUCCGGUGGUCAUCGUGUGGCUAGCCUUAAUGCAUCAGCAAAAGUGAAAUUAUUAAGUGAAAAUGAUCAAAAUAAUGCGAUAAUAAUGACCGGACAAAAAAAAUUAGAGCCGCCUUUUACAAGCAUUAAAAGUGAUGAUGAUGAUGAUGAUGAUGUAGAUCAAAAUCGUUUGAAUGUGAUUGAUUUCAAGCCAUCAUCAUCUAAAAAAGUAAAAAUUAAUGCUAAAAGUGGUGCUAAACCCAAAUCGAAUACUGCCUCAUCAACUGUUGUUGUAUAUAAAAAAGAGACUCCCAAAGCCGCCUCUUCCCCCGUAUCAAAAUUGAAAAAUCGAAAACAUUUAACAAAUAAAAUUGAUAAAAAAUUAAUCAAGCAAAAAUCUACAUCCGGUAAAAGUUGUAAUAAAAAUGAAAAAGUUAAUCAAAUAAAAACCAAAACAACAGCCGUAGUGACAAAGAAAAAAUUAACAAAUAAUCGUAAGAAAAAAAAGAAAAAGAAAACGAUCGAUCCGGAUAUAGAAAUAAUCGAUACACGAAGAAAUAAACGAAUGGCAAGUUUAAAUGCAUCGGCUAUGAUGGCCGCUACAUUUUCACCGGAAAAAGAACGUCGAUUAGUAUUGGCCAGUGCAAAACCAUUGCUGAAAUCCUCAUCAAGUGAUCCUCAUCAUAAUAAUAAUCAUCAAACAUCAUCGAAUCCUAAUUCACCACAUUUAUGGUCGACAACAACACAUCAUAGUAGUACGGUUGAAGAACAUAUCGAAAUGACAACUGUCAAAACGACGGUCAAAUUACGACAUGAUAAUACAACAGUUGUAGAAACGACAACAACAACACAGCAACGUAUUGAACAGCAAAAGAAUCUAUUGAAUCAAUCAUCAAAUAAAAAAAGAAAAAAUGAAUCAACCAUAAAUAAACGACCAUCAACGUCGAAAAAACGAAAAACAGUAAAAAAUAAUCAAAUGAUUGAUGCAACAAGUGCACAAUUAUCAUCGAAUACUAUUGCCACCCCUUCCUCUUGUUCUCAUCCCUCUUCGCCGGUUACAAUAACAACAACAUCAUUAUCGCCAACUAUUUCAGCAUUUACGCCUUGUCCAUCUGGUUCAUCAACGCCAUUAAUUAUUCCAACUGUAACACAUCCUCCCCCACAUUCACAAGCUUUAGAUUUGAUAUAUCAAGUUCCUUCUCAUUCUCAUCAUCAUCUUACUACAUCUCAAUCAUUACCUGUUACUAGUUCAACUUGUAUAAAUUCAACAAAUAUCGAUGCAAAUUCAUUAAUGAUGGCAAAUAAAAAGAAAAGUAGAUCAAAGAAAAAGCAAAAAUCACCGCACAUUCAAUCAACAACAGCAACAGCACAAACAUCUCCAACAAUUAAUCAACCAUCAAAUUCAUCGAUAAUGAAAAAAUAUUACCGCAAAAUUGAAACACGUACAGUAGAACAUCAAUCAUCAGAGGCAGCAGCCAUAGCAAAAGUCACAACAGCAACAACGUCCAAUAUUAUACAGCAGCAUAAUCCUAGAACAAAUUUUUAUCAUCCAAAUACAAAUGCUAUUGUACCGCCCAAUGGUAUGAUGACAUUUUCAUCAUUACCACCAUAUAAUGCUAUCGUUGGUGGUAAUUAUAUAAAUCCAUCAUUCAUUAAACCAUAUAAUCAACAUACAGCAACGACAACAACAUUGAUACCAACAACAGGCAAUCAAACAUUUGGUUCGAAUCAUUCACAUGCAACACCUUAUCCAUAUCCAUUUCCAUUAUCACAACCAUAUAGCCUUUAUAAUCCGGCCACUGUGUCAACAGUACCAUUCCAGUUGAUACCAUUUGGAAAUGCUAAUAAUAGUGGUCAUGUUUUUGAACAACCAACACCAAUAACAGGUAGUCAUCCAUUUAUAUCACCUCAACCAUUCAUAGCUGCAUCACCACCAACAAUUUACCCAUAUAUCAACUCGCCAUUUACACCAGCUGCUACACCGAUUCCGGCUAUUGGACAAUUUUUUCAUCUACCAACUGCCAUGCAUCAACCAACAACAGCUAGUCCAUUUUUAGGUGUACAUUAUCUAGCUGGAUCUAAUCCGAUCGGUGUAGCCGUACCACCAAGAUAUCCAGCACAAUCCCCUAGUUGCCAUUAUUCGCAUCCAUCUUCAACAUCAAAUCAAUCAUAUCUAAAUGUAUUUACGGGUAGUGGGUAUACGCCUCCGUCAUCAUCAUCAUCAUCAUCAUCUUCGUUAUCCUCAAACAUAACUAAUAAUCAAAGUGAUCGGAUUAUUUAUCCAGUAUCGUUUCAUCCUCAUUCUGGUCGAAUAUCAUCAUCAUCGUCCACAUCAACUUCAUCAACUGUUGAUACGGCAACGUCUAUGAAUAUAACACGUCCUUCAAUUGUCACUCAUCAUUCACAGCCACAGAUCAUCAAUUUUAAUGGUACCACAAAUAAUGUAUCAAUGCCAUCGGCUUUAAAUCCAAUUUCAAAUGUCCUACCGUAUGGAUUGUUUCGUCCACAAUCAUCAUCAAAUAUAUCGAUACCAGUAUCAACAUCAUCAUCAUCGGCUGCUCCAAUAUCAUCAUCAAUUCGUCCAUCUGCAUUGAAUUUUUUAAAUUCAAAUUUCAUACCAUCACAACAACAAACGCCUACAUUUUUUGUUCAGACACGUAUACAACCACCAGAUUUGUCAUCAUUACAAUCAACAAUAACAAUAAAUUCUCUAAAAAAGAAACCGACAAUGAUGAAAUCAGCAUCAAAAACAUUAAAAAAUUCAAAAAAUAAUCAACGUAGAAACGGUGUUGUCGAUAAUGAUUUAUUAAAACAAAUCAGUGUUGAUAAUGAAAAUGGAAAUGGUAGCGAUGGAGGCGAGAUUUGUCAUACAGGAAAUUCAGUAUUGAAUAAAAAACGAAAUAAACAAUUAUUGAUUGUAAAUUGUGAAAAAAAUUCAUCAAACAACGGUAAAUCAAAACGAAAAACGAAUACUAUUGCAAAUUCCGAUCAUACUUUACCGAAUGGUUUCAAUGAAACGUUGGUAGCUGCUGCUGGUGGAAAAAAAUCGAAAUCACAUCUUACAAAUGAAUCGAAUGGCAAAAAUUUAUUGCUAGAAAAUGGGAUUGGUACAACCACCAAUACUACCGUAGCAUCAUAUUCAAAAAAACGCAAUAAUCUUUUAUUAACGACAUCGGUUUUAGCAAAUAAUUCGAAAAACAAUAACAAUAAUGAUAAAGUAAUUGAUGAAUCCAAUGAAAACGUAUCACCAUCAACAACGACAAAUAAUUGUGAAUUUCGUUGCGUAAUGAACAAACGAACAAAUCGGCGACCAAUCAUACAUGGUUGGUCAUGGGAAGGUGAACCAAUAGAAAAGUAUAUUUUUAUCAAUAAUGAUGAACAAUCAUAUCGACGUAAAUGUUAUCCAGCAAUCAAGCAUAAUGAAGGUGAAACUAUACGACCUGGUGAUUGUGUAUUACUUAAAAGUGGUCCAAGAAAAACGGAUCUACCAUUUGUUGCUAAAAUAACAUCAUUAUGGGAAUCACCCGAAAAAGAAAUGAUGAUGAGCUUACUUUGGUAUUAUCGACCUGAACAUACAGAAAUUCAGGAUAUUCAAUUUAUAUCGGGUGAAAUUUAUGCCUCAAGACAUCGUGAUGCAAAUAGUGUUGCCUGUAUUGAUGAUAAAUGUUUUGUACUUACAUAUAAUGAAUAUUGUCGCUAUAAACGACAAAAAUGUCGACAAUUACAAUCAUUGGCAUUUUUACAACCAGAUUUGACUGCUAUGAUUGUACCAAAUGGUGAACCAUGGUCUGGUGAUGAAAAUCAACCAACAAAUGAUCAAUAUCAACAGCAACAAAUAAAACGUUCACAACGAGUAGGUGAUAAUAAUCAUUUACCACCAUUGAAUACAUUACCAGAGCUUGUUUUCUGUUGUCGUAAAGUCUAUGAUUUUCGACAGAAACGAAUACUUAAAAAUCCGAGCUAUGAAUCUAGAUAUAAAUCCAGUGCUUAAUAAACUAAACACAUCUUUUACUAUUUUCAAUCACUAACUGAGUGUUUGAAAAGAAAUCAAUUUCAGCUUAAUUACCUUUUUUUGUUGUUGUUGUUUUGUUAUUUAAAACAGAAUUAUAGUCUUUCGUUUUGAUUUGUAUAAUAAAAAAAAAUUAAGAGAAAAAAAUGAGCUAAGUUUUUUUUUCGCCUAUUGAAAUUUC